AGGUAUAUGAGACAAAAGACUGUAGCUCACGGUUUAGAACCGAUUAAAUUCUAUACUAGUUCGAUCCGAUGUACGAGUGCUUUUUGUCUUGCUUUUACAAUAAGCUGGCUUUCUGUUUGAAAAUAUUGUUCAAUUUCCUGAUGAUAAUAGUGGCUCGCCAUCAUAGACAUCUUGUAUAUUGAUCGAAAUCUCAAUUAGUUUAGUUGUCUCCGUCAGCUGCCUUAGAGAUGAUCCCACGAAUCAUCAUUUCACUUGCGCUUCUGAUCUCCGCGAAUGCUGUGUCCCACGGUACAGAGAUCAAUUGUGAUACCACUAGCAAGGAUGACCAAAAUUCAUCUACCAAAGAUUUGUGCGAGAUUGUGAUAUCGGAGCAAAAAUGGAACAUCAGCUCCAUCGACCUAUCUUCUGUGAUACUUCCCCCUGAGUUCGAAAAGUUCAGACUGGUUGGUGUUAACGGAUCGUUCCCUUUGGUGGACUUCUUCUCAUCAAAACCACGUCUCCAGAAGGUACAUAUCUACGAUUCGGUUAUGUAUGUGGUGGAAAUUCCUCCAAUGUUGGAAAGCUUGCUGGUUACUGGGUGUCAAACACGGCAGGUUGUCAUCGGAAAAACGGGCAAAGAUGGAUAUGCUAUGCAUACCCUCGUCUUAAGGGAAACUGAAAUCAGUGAAAUUCCACAGAGGAUUGAUCAGUUAAAACCAUUGAAGUCAUUGGACAUGGCGUAUAACUUGCUGAAAAAAAUCAAUUUUACUGAGUUUAAUGGAUUGGAAGAACUGGAUUUUGUGGACUUGAGUUACAAUUUUAUUGGAAAUAUUUCGAUUGAUACAGUAGACUUACCAAAAUUACUCAAACUGGAUCUACACCAGAAUUUGUUGAAGCGCAUUCCUCGAAAUUUUGGACAAUUACGAUCUCUAGAAGAACUAAACUUAAGCCACAAUAUGUUAGAAUACGUCGAAAUGAGCCACUUCAACGGACUAACGAAGCUGAAGGUUCUGGAACUCCAGUUCAACAACCUGUUGAUAGGGUCUUUGGCCCCUGCCAUCUUACCCGCACUGGAAGUUCUACGGCUUGAAUCGUGUCGUCUACAGCAGCUGGAUUUGUUUGGUAUUGAAAUGCCUAAGCUAAAAAAAUUGUACCUGAACGACAACAAACUGGAAUACGUGGAAGGUUUCAACAAAAAUGUCUACCAGGGUGAAGCGUUGAACUUGUAUGGUGACCGAAACCAUUGGAGCUGCAACUGGCUGUCGGAGAUACAUACUCGGGUGAAAUUUGUGCGGCAACAAGAUCGAGUAGUCUGUAGGAGGUUCGAACAUAAUGUGUGCUGCCUCGAGAGUGAUUAUUUCUCGAUCCGGAAGGCGGAUCGGAGGUGGCUGGCCGUUAAAGAACAGAAUCGGGAAAUUUUCAAGUCGUUGAGCGAGCAACAGGACAAGGUGCGAGGACUGAGUGAAACCUGUGAAAUGGCUGGCAGACUGCUGGUUGAAAUCGAAGACACGAUUGCGAAACUUUUGAGCCUGGUAGAGACAAUAGCAACAAGAUCAGAAACAUUAGGAGCUAGAGCAGAUUAUUUACGUUUUGACAUGGUCUUCCUGCCACUGUUUUCAGUCUGCUUAUAUUUUUGGAUUUGCAUUUCGACGAACUAGUAAAUACUUGACGAACUUGCGGAAACUUGACGAACUUGACACAAGCUAAGUGAAUAUUCAAUAAACUAGUUA